AUGGACUCAUACGCUAUUCACCAACAAAGACCCAUCACUCCUCCCAAUGAUCGUAACAAAGCACAGGUGCCCGUUAUGGGGGACAUUCAGAACAAGGGUCAAAUGCCAUUCGAAAGACAAGGCGAGGAAUCUUCCUUGAGUGAUCUCUCUCAUCUAUCCAAGCUAAACACUACCUCUGCUAUGCCUCCUGUCUCUACUGCUCCCAGUGUUCCCAGUGCUACUGCCGCUAGUGCUAAUCCAUUCAUCUCGUCUCAUCAAGAGGACCUCAACAAACCCUCCAUCUUGAGUGAUAUUCCCAGCCAAAGUACCAGACGUGCUCAAAGACUGGAUGAUCCCUUCAAUGACAUCAGAUCAGCUAGUGCUCCCUCGUCUGCUUCCAACACCAACUAUUUGUCCUCGGAUUCUUUGUCUUCUUCCAAGUAUGGUAGUGGUCGCAAUGAUACUACUCAUCGCAUUGAAAAUGAGGUGCUCAACAUUUUGAAAUGGAAGAACCCCGUUCGCUCUGGCUCCAUCUUUGCCUUGAUUGUGGGCUCCAUCAUCUUGACUCGUUGGUACUCUUUGUUGCAAAUCGGCUCCUCUCUGCUUACUAUUGCUAUUGGCGUCAACUUGAUCUAUGUCAACUUUAUCAUGCAAGGUCAAAAGCUGGUCUCCUCCAACCAAGAUGCCUCUCAUCCUUACAACAAUGUCAUUCACAAUGAGAAGCACACCAUGAUUGACAAGCAGAGCGUCCGCCACUACUCUACCGUCUUGACUGAAGUCUCUGAAACUUUGAUCCGUGCAUUGACUCGCAUUGUGUUUGUUGAAAAUACCGCUACCAGCAUCAAGUGGAUGAGUAUCUUCUUUGUCAUUUGGAAGGUUUCAGCUCAUGUUUCUACCAUGGAUAUUGUAUUGGCCGUCGUUAUCUCUGCAUUCAUCUUCCCUCGUCUCUACAUUAGCAACAAGGAUGUCGUUGAUGCUCAAAUCCACAAGGGUCAGACCUUGAUUCAAAACGGUAUUGAAAAGGCUCAAAACGCUGCUACCACUGCUGCUCAAGACACCUACACCAAGUCCAGAGCUGCUUUUGCCAAGGCUGGUACUACUGGCACUGACGCCAAGAACACCAUGUCCAAGGAAUCAGUUACUAUCAAGGAGGACUAA